AUGAGUAUUGAAUCCCAUCCCAAGGGAUCCGCACUACCUACAAGGGACACGAGCCAGCCGAGCAUCUGCACGUCAAUUAAAAGAUUCGACACCCUCUUUGGCAAAGGGCAUGCGCCGGGCAUAAGCGACGACUGGAUCUACACAGACCGUCCGGCACUGGAUAUCUACACCAGCAAAUUCGCCAAUGAGAUCCUGGUAAGGGUUACCUGGUUGCACGUUUACUUGGAUGCAGCAAGACUCAAAGGCCUGAUCGACGGGUGGACGGCAGUUUUGCGUGGCCGCGAGGACCAAGUCCCGCCGUUUCAUCGGUUUAGUGAAGAUCCUGCUGUGUGCCUUGAAACGGAUUCGAAGCCGGAGAAGUGGGUUUGCUGGAGUAAUGCAUUGAGAAGGUUUGGUAAAGUGCUUUUCAUAUUUAGGGUGAUGCAAGCACGAGAGAGAUGUCUUCAUGAUGUUGAAACAGACCUCGUAGAUCUUGGCAUGCUUCCUGUUGUGCUCGGCUAA